CUAAGUGCACAUCCAGAAGAGUCCAGUCCCUCCAUAAUGGGAAACCUGCGGCUUCAGUCCAUGAAACAGUCACCUUCCCAAAAUUCCUGUGACAGUGCCAUUUUAGAGGGUAGUCUGGCGGACGAUGGCUUGUCCAUUGAUAGUGACAUCAGUGAAUUUGUCAUCCUCAUGGACUCAGAGUCUGGUGUGGAGUCGUUGCGUCCUAAUGGUACGGGUGUCUCAGGCAGCUGUGUUAGUCCAGCUCCAGGAACAGAAGGGUCGUCAGCAGACCUCAGCAGCUCUCUGUCCCAGAGCACGGAAGACAUUGCUCAAGAUAUGGUGUCUGUGUUAGUUCUGUGUCUGAGGCGAAUAGGGUGCCUGACGGAGAAGUGUGGUGAAGAUAUCGUGGUGGCGCUGGAAGCCCAAGAGCUUGUGCCUAAACAACAUGGCAACCAUAAAGUCAUAGACCUGCUGGCGGGACUGGCACUGACUGAGGGUUCGGAUGCUAAAUGUGUCCAUAAAUGUGAAUGCCAAAAUAAUAAUUUGGCCACUUUUUUUUGACCGCUUUGUUUAAAUUAACAUUAGGCACAACACUGUUUACAUGAAUCUCCUGCCCAAACAUCCCCAAGAUUCCAAUAGUGAUCGCUUUCACUUGUCAGCACCAGUUUGAAUGACCUUGUGCUAAUUCAGCUUCUCAGACAUCGACAAACGUACAUACGAGUAUGUUGGACACAUCUGUUUCAUAAGAUCACACAUCAUUAAAGGAGCAGUUCACCAUUACAUCACUUGUUCACCAGUGGAUCCUCUGCAGUGAAUG